UGGAGCCAAAUUUGAAGCCUGCGGAGAGGUGGGGGCGGGGGUGCGAUCGCGAAGCUGGACCCGUCGAGGUUUUCUUGGCUGCCUGAGCCUCUUAGGACCAAUCAGUAUGCCUAUCCGUGCGCUGUGCACCAUCUGCUCCGAUUUCUUCGACCACUCCCGGGAUGUGGCCGCUAUCCACUGCGGCCACACCUUCCACCUACAGUGCCUAAUUCAGUGGUUUGAGACAGCACCAAGUCGGACCUGCCCACAGUGCCGAAUCCAGGUUGGCAGAAGAACCAUUAUCAAUAAGCUGUUCUUUGACCUUGCCCAAGAAGAGGAGAGUAUCUUAGAUGCAGAAUUCUUAAAGAAUGAACUGGAUAAUAUCAGAGCCCAGCUCUCCCAGAAAGAGAAGGAGAAAAGAGAUAGCCAGGCCAUCAUUGACACUCUGCGGGACACGUUGGAAGAGCGCAACGCCACUGUGGAAUCUCUGCAGAAGGCCUUAGACAAGGCCGAAAUGCUAUGCUCCACCCUAAAGAAGCAGAUGAAGUACUUGGAGCAGCAGCAGGACGAGACCAAACAAGCACAGGAGGAGGCCCGCCGGCUCAGGAGCAAGAUGAAGACCAUGGAACGGAUUGAGCUCCUACUCCAGAGCCAGCGGCCCGAGGUGGAGGAGAUGAUCCGAGACAUGGGUGUUGGACAGUCAGCGGUGGAGCAACUGGCCGUGUACUGUGUGUCCCUCAAGAAAGAGUAUGAGAAUCUAAAAGAGGCACGGAAGGCCUCAGGGGAGCUGGCUGACAAACUGAAGAAGGACUUAUUUUCUUCCAAAAGCAAGUUGCAGACAGUCUACUCUGAACUAGACCAAACAAGGUUGGAACUGAGGUCAGCACAGAAGGACUUACAGAGUGCUGACAAGGAAAUCGUGAGCCUGAAAAAAAAGCUAACGAUGCUGCAGGAAACCCUGAACCUGCCACCAGUGGACAGUGAGACUGUAAACCGCCUGGUUUUAGAGAGCCCAGCCCCUAUGGAUAUGCUGAACCUGAAGCUUCGCCGACCAGCCUUUGGUGAUGAAAUUGACCUCAAUGCCACCUUUGAUGUGGACACCCCUCCAGCCCAGCCUGCCAGCAGCCAGCGGAGCCGUGCCAAGAAUCUCUGCCAAGAGAUAGCACACUCUCCUGUUCAGGACAUCCCUAAGAAGGUGCCCAAAGGCCCCAAGCAGGAGUCCCAGCUCUCUCUGGGCGGCCAGCACUUUGUGGGAGAGCCAGAUGAGGAGCUGGCUAGUGCCUUUCCCGUCUUCAUCCGGAACGCUGUCCUGGGCCAGAAACAGCCCAAGAGGGCCACAGCAGAGCCCCGUCACAGCACAGAUGCCGUAAGGACUGGCUUCGAUGGGCUUGGAGGUCGGACAAAAUUCAUCCAACCUACUGACACAACUAUGAUCCGCCCACUGCCUGUUAAGCCCAGGCCCAAGGCUAAGCAGAGAGUCAGGGUGAGGACACCGCUCCCUCCCUCCCAGGCCAAGAUGGAUGCCUUCUUUUGGUAGUGAGAACAGUGAGUCUGCUCAGUGCCUAUAGGCCAGGACUGCCUCCGCAGGAGGUUUUGGGGGCAUAGCCCCUCUUCCGACCGGAGGAUGGAACCAGCCCUGAGGGUGAGGGGAGACAAAAAAAUGGGGGUAGGGGUGAGGCACAGGGAUUGUGCUUUUCCAAACUUGCCUUGCCCACCCCCACCAUACUGGGUCUACCGUACUGGGCCUACGUGCGACUGCUGAUGUGAGACCAGCAGGACCUGCUCUUUGUUAAAGUUUCUUGUUCAUGGCCAGAUGUAGCUGGGCUGCUUCUGGUUCUCCAGAUUAGGGUCUUUUUUGCUGACUGUAUGGACCAAAGUGCUUGAGGCUUCUCAGGCAACUUCAGCCUGCCCAAACUUCUGCCAGCUUCUGACUUGCUGCUAGGCAUGGCCAGAGCCAAGCAGGGUCAGGAAUGAGGGGGUGGCAAUGGGGAGAGGAUUGGGGGGA